GAACCUUGAACUCAUCAAAUCAGCACACUCAAAGCUUCAAUUGAAACUCAUAGGCUUUCAAGGCUUAAUUGUACUAAAAAUUAGGAUCCAAAUGGGGAUCCUCUCUCUUUUCCAAAGGGCCAUUCUGGCCUUCUGGCUCUGCCUCUUAGCUGUGAGCUUCACUCAUGUGUCCUCAGAGGAUACAGGUCUCACAGAAGAAAAGCCAUUUUUCAAGAAACAUCACGACUACUUUCACCACCCAGUUCCUAUUUACAAGCCAAAACCUCACCCCGUUCCAGUUUACAUUCCAAAACCUCACCCAGUUCCAGUUUACGUCCCUAAACCCCAUCCUAUUUCAAUUUACAAGCCUAAACCUUAUCCAGUUCCUGUUCCUAUUUACAAACCUAAACCUCACCCUAUUCCAAUUUACAAGCCUGAACCAAAACCUGAGCCAAAGCCCGAACCAAAACCAAAGCCAGAACCUAAGCCAGAGCCAAAGCCUGAACCAAAACCAGAGCCAAAACCCGAACCAAAGCCUGAGCCAAAGCCUGAACCGAAACCCAAACCAUAUGUUCCAAUUUACAAGCCACAUCCCCAUCCCUUCUUUAAGAAGCCGAAGUACCAUCAUCCAUUGGGCCCAAUCUUCCAUCAUCCAAAGAAGCCAGGCCCUCCCCUCGCUCCCUAGUUGAUCCCUAGCUUGAUUAUGAUAUGGCGCAAUGUUCCUUUUCUUAGCUUGUAGUACUGUUGGAAAUAAAGGCUUUUAAUGGUUGAAAGUGAAGUUAUGACAAGUGAGUGGGUAAAGCACAAGAUUGUGGUUGUUACUCAUUACUUGUUAGAGUGUGUAAGGAUUAGUAGUUAUGCAUGUGAAAUUAAAUUUAUGGUGCUAUAUAUAUACUUGCUAUUUUAGAUUCAUUUGUCAUCAAUGGCAAUAUGUACGGUUAUGAUCAUUGCAAUAGAAUUUCGAAUUAUUUAUGUUCAGAA